AUGGAAGGGCUGCUGACAAGAUGCAGAGCACUGCCCUCCCUGGCUACCUGCAGCCAUCAACUCUCGCAGUAUGCUCCUCAGAGGUUUCACCACUGUGCCCCCGGGAGAGGGAAGCGCUUGGUGCUGUCCCGCAUGUUCCAGCCCCAGAAACUUCGGGAAGACCAGGUGCUCUCUCUCGAGGGCAGAUCUGGUGACCUGACCUGUAAGAGCCAGCGGCUGAUGCUGCAGGUGGGCCUCAUCCACCCGGCAAGCCCCGGAUGUUACCACCUCCUGCCUUACACUGUCCGCGCCAUGGAGAAGCUGGUGCGGGUGAUAGAUCAGGAGAUGCAGACCAUCGGGGGACAGAAGGUCAACAUGCCCAGCCUCAGCCCAGCAGAGCUAUGGCGAGCCACCAACCGAUGGGACUCAAUGGGCAGGGAGCUGCUGAGACUUAGAGACAGACAUGGCAAGGAAUACUGCUUAGGACCAACCCAUGAGGAAGCCAUUACAGCCCUGGUCGCCUCCCAGAAGAGACUGUCCUACAAGCAGCUCCCGUUCCUGCUGUACCAGGUGACGAGGAAGUUUCGGGAUGAGCCCAGACCCCGCUUUGGUCUUCUCCGCGGCCGAGAGUUUUACAUGAAGGACAUGUACACCUUCGACUCCUCCCCCGAGGCUGCCCAGCUGACCUACAGCCUGGUGUGUGAUGCCUACAGCAGCCUGUUCAACAGGCUGGGGCUGCGAUGCGUCAAGGUCCAGGCCGACGUGGGCAGCAUCGGGGGCACAAUGUCCCACGAGUUCCAGCUGCCGAUGGAUGUUGGAGAGGACCGACUUGUGCUGUGUCCCAGCUGCCACUUCUCUGCCAACGUGGAGACUCUGGACUCGUCACGGACCAACUGCCCUACUUGCCAGGGGCCACUGACUGAAACCAAAGGCAUCGAGGUAGGGCACAUGUUUUACCUGGGCACCAAGUACUCCUCUGUUUUUAAUGCCCAGUUCACUAAUGUCCACGGCAAGCCCUCCCUGGCUGAAAUGGGGUGUUACGGCUUGGGCGUGACACGGAUCUUGGCCGCUGCCAUUGAAGUUCUCUCUACAGAAGACUGCGUCCGCUGGCCCGGCCUCCUGGCCCCUUACCAAGUCUGCCUCAUCCCCCCCAAGAAGGGCAGUAAGGAGGAGGCGGCCGCAGAGCUCGCGGGGCAUCUUUACGACCGUAUCACAGAGGCGGUGCCACAGCUCCAAGGGGAGGUCCUGCUGGACGACAGGAGUCAUCUGACCAUUGGAAACAGACUGAAAGAUGCCAACAAGCUCGGCUACCCCUUUGUAAUCAUCGCGGCCAAGAGGGCCCUGGACGACCCUGCACAUUUUGAGGUGUGGUGCCAGAAUACCGGAGAGGUGGUUUUCCUUACCAGAGAGGGAGUCCUGGAAUUACUGAGCCAAGUGCAGGUUGUCUGA